AUGAAUCUUACUAUAAAAAUUAUUAAUUUUUUUUUCUACUAUUUAAUAAUAGAGCCAUGUUUAUUUAGUGAAUAUUUGGGCACAAUCAAAAGGUCUGUUGUUUUUGCAACGUUGGACAUAGAAGAUAUACCUAAUGGCCCAGUAGGUUUACCAUUCGAAAAAAAACUAAAUUUAGGAUUAAGGAAAUAUAGGUAUAAUAUUCCUGAUGAAAAUUUAGAUAAUGAUAUCCAAUCUGAAAUGAGCGAAGAUGCUAAAGAGCUAACGGAUGAUAUAAAUAAAAUGAAAUACCCUGAUCAAGGAUCUGAUAAUUAUUAUAUAGAAAAAGAAAUGCAUUACGAAACGCCUCCAUGGCUUCAAGACAUUAUUACUCUAUCUAAUAAAAGCAAACAAACCUUAGAAACAUUAGGCAUAGAAAAUUUACCUGAUGUGAAUACAUGUAAAUCAAUUAAAAAUUUGCAAGAACAAAUGUUAUGUACAUUCGAUGCCCUUGAAGAUAUAAAAGAAGUUUAUCAUAAUGCGAAGGAAAUAACUAGCUUAACGGCAAGGGUAUUGGCAGGGGGACGAUUAGCGAUAAAGUCUUUGGGAAGACUAAAAUCACUUGCCUCAAGGAUUGAAAACAAGCAGCUAAUGAAAAAACUUGGAACUCCAAUGGCUACCUUAAUAUUGCUACAAAGGGAAACUACAUCGGAUAGAAACCGAUGGAUGUGUGGAUCAAUAUUAACUCUGCUUACGGACUUACCUGUAGUGUCCGAUUUGGCAGAUGUAAAAACUGGGUCAUAUGGCCAUGUAAAUGUUGUUAUUCCUAGACAAUCGAGAGUUAAAAACCCUGAUAGAAUUAUUUUAAAAUUAAGAGAAGGGAUGCCUCCAUCUAAUUUAAUAAAUGGAUUUGCAGAAAACUAA